AUGUCUCUGACACCAAAAUCUCAUGUUUUCAUUUUCCUUCUUGUCAUUCUUUUCACUCUUUCUCUCACUGGAACAGCUCCUGAAGAAUCUCCCCUUCUUGAGAUUCUCCGCAACCAUGGCCUCCCAGCAGGACUCUUCCCUCAGAGUGUGAAAUCAUUCCAAUUGGACCAAAUGGGUCGUUUAGAAGUACACUUGGAUCGUCCUUGUUUGGCUCAGUAUGAAACCACAGUGUUCUUCGACACGGUUGUUAAAGCCAACCUUAGUUUCGGGCAGCUUAAGGUUUUCGAAGGCAUGUCUCGUGAAGAGCUUUUUCUAUGGCUUCCGGUUAAGGAUAUCAUUGUUACUGAUCAAUCUUCUGGACUGAUUCUCAUUGAUAUUGGUUUUGCAUUGAAACGACUCUCUUUCUCUCGUUUUGAAGAACCCCCAAUUUGUAGAUCUCAUCAAGGUCUUUCUUUUGGUUUGGGUGAAAGAAAGGGUAAAGGAUGGCUUAAAUAUUUUCAAAAUUGGGGUUUCUCUAUAUGA